AUGAAUUACGAUUGGAUCCUCGAUGGAGGCUACCUCCCCAGUCCCAUUCUCCGCAUUGGAAUCCGGCGUCAGCUUCAAGACCGAAUAGAAGCCAUCAAGAGCACCUCACUGGAAGUUGCCUAUGAGAAGAAAAUGAAAUAUGUAGAGCUCCUCCGCAGCCGGCCUAUUGCGAUUGAAACCGCUGCUGCAAAUGACCAGCAUUAUGAAGUUGGGACGGGCGUCCUGGCUGCUUGUCUGGGGCCGAGGAUGAAGUAUUCCUGCUGCUUGUAUCCAAAAGGCGGGGAGACUUUGGCGCAGGCGGAGAUUGCCAUGCUAGAGACUUAUGUGGAAAAGGCAGGAUUGAAGGACGGAAUGAGUAUUCUGGAUCUAGGAUGCGGGUGGGGUUCAGGCGCUUUGUAUUUUGCCGAAAUACUUCCCCAUUCCAAUAUCACAGCUUUCUCGAACUCGAGAACACAAAAACUUUACAUAGAUGAGAAGGCCAAGGAGAAGGGCCUCGAGAACCUGACGAUCAUCACUGGAAACGUGGUAGACUAUGAAUUUGAGAAGGAGAGCUUUGAUCGCGUAGUUUCCAUUGAGCUCUUCGAGCACAUGAAGAACUAUGAGCUCCUCAUGGCUAAAGUUGGAAGAGCUCUCAAAUCCUCUGGGAAGCUCUUUGUGCAUAUAUUUGCCCACAAAACAACACCUUAUGAUUAUGAAGAAGGCUGGAUGACUACCCACUUCUUCUCGGGCGGCACGAUGCCCUCUGCCGACUUGCUACAUUUCUUCCAAAAGGACCUGAAGCUAGAAAAACAAUGGUGGGUUUCUGGGAAGCAUUAUGCAAAGACCUGCGAGGACUGGCUGGCCAAAAUGAAUGCUAACAAGAAAGAAAUAUGGCCACAUCUUGAAGAGACCUACGGAAAAGAGAACGCAGCGACGUGGUUCUAUAGAUGGCAAAUAUUCUACAUGGCAUGUGCUGAAUUGUUUGCGUAUGAAGGAGGCGACACAUGGGGUAUCACUCAUUAUCUGUUUGAGAAGCCUGCCUCGCCGUGA